AUGAAUUUCAGCGGCGCGAAGAGUCAGUCGACGCCGCCGGAGCGCGGCUCCUUCCCGCUGGACCACGGCGGCGAGUGCAAGGCGCUCAAGACGAAAUUCAUCGCGUGCCUCAAGGCCGAGGGCAGCGAGCACGUCGCGUGCAAACAGCUCUCGAAGGCGUAUUUGGAGUGCCGCAUGGACCGCGGCUUGAUGGCGCGC